AUGGGUCCUUUUGUGAGCUCAUAUGGGAAUCACAUACUUGUUGCUGUGGAUUUUGUUUCCAAAUGGGUUAAGGCUGUUGCUUCCCCAACCAAUGACUCUAAGGUGGUGGUCAAGCUUUUCAAAAGCAUCAUCUUUCCAAGGUUUGGGGUUCCUAGAGUUGUGAUAAGUGAUGGAGGUUCUCAGUUUGUGAACAAGACUCUGGAAGGGCUGCUAAGAAAGCAUGGUGUCAAGCACAAGAUAGCUAGUCCAUAUUACCUUCAGACCAGUGGCCAAGUAGAGGUCUCAAACAGACAGAUCAAGGCCAUCUUAGAAAGGACAGUGAGCAACUUAAGGAAAGACUGGAGCAAGAAGCUGGAUGAUGCUCUCUGGGCCGAUAGGACUGCUUACAAGACUCCCAUUGGAACAUCACCUUUGAAUCUGUUGUAUGGGAAGAGCUGCCACUUACCAGUAGAGCUUGAGUACAAGGCUCUUUUGGCUGUUAAAAUGUUGAACUUUGACAUUAAGACAGUUCAAGAUAAGAGGGAAAAGACCAAGAUCUUGCAUGAUCAGAAAAUUCUCAAGAGGGAGUUCAAGGUGGGAGACCUGGUUCUUUUGUUUAACUCAAGGCUCAAGUUUUUCCCUGGUAAAUUAAGGUCAAGAUGGUCAGGACCAUUCAGGGUUUUAGAGGUUAGAAGCUAUGGAGCAUUAGUCUUGGAGGGAAAGGAUGGAAAGGGUUUUGUUGUGUAUUGA